AUGCUUGCAGAUGUGUUUCGUUCAUUACAGAAGCCUUCUUUCGUUAUAGCUAUGACAUGUUGGACAGCCGAGCAAAAGUUAAUGGCGUAUUCAGAAUUAGCUGGAAGUAAUGUUGAAAAUACUAUAAUAAUAAAGUUUGUCGAAUCAGCUAACAUUUUACAUAAUAAAGAAAUAAAGCAUCACACUGUGUUUUUCACCGAUCUAAAUUGCCCAAAGGAUCGUUUUAAUGCGAACUGGACAGACCCCGCUCUAUUUCGAUUCCCAUAUCGAUGGGUGAUUAUCGAUAAAUAUUCUGGUCAUCAAAGUACCAUACCAGAUGUCAUCAGAGACAUCGAUGUUUUAAUCGAUUCGGAAGUAGCUGUGAUUCGUCGGAUUAAUGAUGCAAGUUUUCAGAUUUACUACGUCUUUAAAAUUGGUCCAAACACAGCUUGGCGUAAUGAGCUAUACGGCACAUGGAAUGAAAGCGGUAUGUUCAAAACUGAAUCUAUGCUUGAAGUGACCGCGUUAAGGAGAAUCAAUUUAAAUAAAUACGAAAUAAGCAUAUGUUACGUGCUCACUGAUAACGAUAGUAUUAAUCACUUAGCUGAUGAAGUUAACGACCACAUAGAUACCAUCACAAAAGUAAACUUCCCAACCACAAACCAGCUGUUGGAUUUCUUGAACGCGAGUCGGCGUUACGUCUUCACUAAUACUUGGGGCUAUAAGCAUAACGAUACGUGGAGUGGUAUGACAGGGUUCUUGGACAGAGAAGAAGUUGAUAUUGGAGGAUCACCGAUGUUUCUAACUGGCGAGCGACUUUCCGUAGUUGAGUACAUCUCGAGUCCAACUCCGACUCGAUCGAAAUUCGUCUUUCAGCAACCGAAGCUAUCAUACGAGAAUAAUUUAUUUGUCCUUUCCUUCAAACGUUCCUUAUGGUUCGGUUCCGUGAUCCUUAUAAGUAUGUUAUUUUUGUUUCUGUUUCUUGUCACAGUAUGGGAAUGGAAAAGGACAUCUAUACAUAAGAGAACGAUUAGAACACGAAACGCAGGGAUUUUGAGACCGAAUGUAGUUGAUGUCGCUUUAUUAAUAUUUGGUGCGACCUGUCAGCAAGGAAGUACUGUUGAAUUGAAAGGAUCAUUAGGUCGUAUGGUAUUAUUUUUACUUUUCAUCAUGUUGACGUUCCUGUACACGUCGUAUUCUGCUAACAUCGUGGCUUUACUACAGUCGAGCUCUUCACAAAUACGAACUCUUGAGGAUUUACUGCAUUCAAGAAUCAAUUUCGGAGUCCACGACACCGUGUUUAACAGAUAUUAUUUUUCGACUGAAACUGAGCCGAUUAGACGAGCGAUAUACGAAAAAAAAGUGGCUCCACCAGGAACUACACCACGCUUUAUGACGAUGGAGGAAGGAGUUCAGGAAAUCAGAAAGGGCCUGUUUGCGUUUCAUAUGGAAACUGGUGUUGGAUAUAAGUUUGUUGGAAAAUAUUUUGAAGAAGGUGAGAAAUGUGGACUAAAAGAGAUCCAGUACUUGCGCGUUAUAGACCCGUGGCUGGCCGUCAGAAAGCAGACCCCGUUCAAAGAAAUGUUCAAAAUUGGUACAAAACGUCUCCAAGAACACGGUCUACAGCAGCGUGAGAAUCGUUUACUGUAUGAGAAGAAGCCAAAGUGUUCUGGUCGUCAAGCUAACUUUAUAUCAGUCAGUAUGGUCGACUGUUACCCGGCUAUAUUAAUACUAUCCUAUGGAACUCUCAUCUCAAUAUCCGUAUUGCUAGCGGAAAACCUUUAUUACAACCUUUAUAAAUACAUGCCUAAAGGCAAUUGGAAGAUAGAAACAUUUGGCACCUGGACUAAUGAAAUGGGAUUAAACAAAGUAACAGCUAUGAAUAUCCCAAUUUCCCAGAGACGUAGAAAUUUAGAAGGAACCGAAAUCGGAACUUCAAUGGUAGUCAACGAUAAUGAUACUAGGAUGGAUAUUUUAAGCAUGAGAAAUUUGAAUACGGAUCAUCUGACCAAAGCUGGUUACAGGCAAAUCUUGCCUUUAUACUAUUUCAUGAAUGCCACACUAGUAACCGUGUUCACGGAUACUUGGGGAUAUUUGAGGAAUGGUUCCUAUGAUGGCAUGAUCGGUGAGACGCCUCGUUCUCCACAUCUUGAUAUAAGUGAAAUUACUAUGAUGGUCAUAGGAGCUAUCACUCAACAAGGAAGCUUCACGGAAUUCAAAGGAACUCUGGGUAGAGUAGUGAUGUUCCUGAUGUUCUUCGUAUUCCUUUUCUUGCACACAUCAUAUUCAGCCAACAUAGUAGCUUUACUUCAAUCCAGCUCUAAUGACAUUAAAACAUUAGCCGAUCUAUUAAACUCUAAAUUAGAACUCGGUGCGGAAGACACGCCUUAUAAUAGACAGCAUUUAUCCACCGCUUCCGAACCAAUAAGGAAGGCUAUUUACGAGAAAAAGAUAGCACCAGCUGGGUCUAAACCAAAUUUUAUGACAUUGGAAGAAGGAGUGAAGAGAAUUCAGACGAAACCCUUCGCUUUUCAUAUGUAUCUCGGCGGUGGGUACCGUCUCGUGGAAAAAUAUUUCCUGGAGCAUGAGAAGUGUGGACUGCAAGAGAUUCAGUUCAACCACGAGACUAUACCGUGGGUCACGUGCCGUAAAAACUCGCCGUAUAAGGAGAUAUUUAAAAUUGGAUUAUUAAGGAAUCAGGAGCACGGUCUAAAUGAUCGCGUCAAUCGUUUAAUAUACUCUCGUAAACCUAUUUGUUCUGUUCACGGUGGGACUUUUGGUUCUGUAAAUAUGACUGACUUUUACCCAGCUCUUCUAAUGCUGGUAUAUGGAAUGAUAGCUUCUCUUCUACUCUUGGCUAUAGAAUGCUUGGCUUCACAACGCUUAUGUCAUCUUAGAAAUAGAAUUCAUUUGAAUUGCUGA